AUGAAAAUUCGAACCAAACCCUCAGGUGGUAGCACGAACAUAGAAGCGACUACUUCGUCGUUCGAAGACACAACACAUUCACAUAGAAGCGCGAUGGAAGAGACUACUCACGACCACGAAGAGGGUCUCCUUAUUGAUGUCGAAGAAAAUCAUGAAGAUCCCUUUGAAUUUACAAUUAUGAGCAACGCACCUUCCUCGGUCAUAUCCACUGCUAAGAUGGUAUUGGUGGUAAUCAAAUACGAGGUGCUUAAUCGUGUGUUUUGGUUGGAGUUAUCUAAGGAAAUUGUGUAUUACUUGCUUGUGACAAUAGUUACAGGUCUAAUGUUCUAUCAGUUGGGAGUUGAUAUUCCAGGAUCGCACAGCAGAAUAGGCUAUUUGUUAUUUUGCAUUGCAUUCAUACAUUUGGGAUCCUCUAGAACUACAAAAUACACACUAAUGCUCUCUCCGGACGUUAAAAGAGAUUGUAGUACAAGCAGCUACAUCACAAAAGCUUAUAACAUAGCAUACCUGAUCAUGGAUACCGUAUUUAGGGGUGUGAUACCGUCCAUCAUAAUGUCCUCCAACUAUUAUGUUAUAGGUCUCAGGGCAGGUUUCGACCACUAUAUUGUAUUUUUAUGCGCUUUGAUUUUGGUGUCUAUUUACACGACCAUGCUCUCUUAUAUCAUUGGUUUGUUGACCAGCAACGUCUAUGGUUAUACCAGAUUUUUUAAUAUUGCACUCAUAUUCAACUUUUUGUUUUCUGGUUUGGUCGCGAACAAGGCUUCUGUACCUGAUGUGGUCCGUUUCGUUUCGGUCUUGAGUUUUUGGAAUCAGUUGUACGAAAUGAUGAUGAUCAAUGAGUUCAAAGGUGCUCUGGUCAACAUCAAAAUAGGCACUAUGAUCGAUUUUAAAGAUAUAGAUGGUAUCUACUGGCUGAAAGAACUUGGUAUGAAUGUCAACGGUAUUAAGGCUGACAUCAUGCUCGUUAUUGCUCACUUGACGGAUGGUUUCAUUCAUUGUGGAAAUAGAAAAUAUCAUAAAGCAAUUAAAGUGGUCAUGUCAAACGAUAAGUUUGUAUUGGAUACAUCGAAUGUUGGAGGUAAACGAACCCUUGAAUACAAAAUCACAAAGGCCAUACUCAACAGUAACGACCAAACAUUGACAGUCAAAAAUAUUAACACCAAACUUUCCUCUGAAACUUUGGACAACAAAACCAAAAAAUUGUUGUUUUGUAUUGUAGCUAAUUUAUUGUUGACGUCCAUAUCAUCGGAAUUGAGAGACAGUAUAAAAAACGUUUAUGAAAUAAUCUAUACAGACACAAACGGAUCGUCUAUUUCUAUCAACAGAAAAUAUUGUUUCAUCGGAGUUGGUGAGACAGUCAAUCUUACCAUCAGGUGCGAUGCGCUGUCUGAUAUCAAAGUACGAGUGAAUAACAAGUACACUGAAUGUGAAGGGAGCGUAGGAGUUGUUACCUUCUCGGUUGGAACAGAUUCAGAUUCUCCCAUACAGGUAAAAAACAUAGAUAUAUAUGUUGGCGGACAGCUAAGGACCUAA